AUGGACACACAGCGGCGCGGCCAAGGAGACUUGCUUCCCAAGCUGGUGCUGCUCUUUGUCUUCGCAGAAGAUUGUCUUGCACAGUGUGACAAUGACUGCAAAGCUUACUGCUGUGAUGGGUCUACCCCCUACUGCUGCUCGUAUUAUGCCUAUAUUGGGAAUGUCCUUUCAGGCACAGCAAUAGCAGGGAUUGUAUUUGGUAUCGUAUUUAUAAUGGGAGUGAUUGCCGGCAUCGCCAUCUGUAUCUGCAUGUGCAUGAAGAAUAACCGUGGGACUCGAGUAGGGGUCAUCAGAACUACGCACAUCAACACCAUCAGCACCUAUCCGGUGGCUCCUCCACCUUAUAGUUAUGAAUAUGAGAUGGAAUACGCAGCAGACCUACCUCCACCUUACACUCCAACUCCACAGACUUCAGUACAGUAUCCGCCACCUCCUCCUUACCCUGGAUAUUCAGGGAAAUAA